AUGGAGAGACAGGGCCAGACGACAAGCACCACAUGGACUGGUGUCAACCGUCUUGCCUGGCACCCAUUCAACGGCCAGAUUCUCGGCAUAUAUCGAGACGGUCAGAUAUUCAAGUGGGGCCCCAUGGACGACAGCCACGAAGGAGUUAUGCAAGAGAUGGAUGCCACGCCUUCCGAGAUCACCAUCAGCGGGGUCGGGUCCAUAUUUGCCACCUCGGACGUAAAGGGAGCCGUGAAAAUGUACAACUUCUCUCAAAUGGUCCUGAUCUAUAAGUUCACGUCGGACGACAUCAUCACGUCCAUCGCUUUCAGCUCCGAUAUUCAAAGGUUCUUCGACCUGCGGGGCAGAUAUUGCAACGUUUGGGAGCCGAACUGCCUCAUUCGACUGAGUGACUCGGGCCUAGACAUGUCCGAAGCAGACAGCCGGAGUGUCACGAGUUCGGAGUGGGAGAGAAAAGGCAGCAUCAUGUCCGACCGGGACGACAUCCUCAGCACCUCCAUAUCGUUUUCCACAUCCGAAGCUCACGCAGAUUCAUGUCCCGCCAUCAUUCUCGUCGAGACUUGUGUGAGAAACCAACAGCUCGUCGCAUAUGCUAAAGACUAUGCCACUAUCGAGGUGUACGACAUGAUGCACGAGGAGAGGCAUGUAAUAGUUCGGUCUUCCUUCGGUAUGGGUGUUGGGCAAUUAGUUCUGUCCCGCGAUGGCGACUUCAUCGCUUACUCCUUAGUUAAUGGACGCAUCGCCAUCAAGAGUCUUGAUCUUAGGUCGAGUUCAGGGAAAAUAGUCACCAAAGUGGCGCUCGCUGAAAAGAAGUCGAUUGGCCGCGAAGUUAUUAGGCAGAUCUUGCUUGAAGAUAAGUCUGAACGCAUCUUUAUCAGCGGCUCUGCAAAGAUUCAGGUACUAGAUGUUGCCAGCGGCAGCGUUCUUGCAGAAAGGACAGUAUAUCCACAUCCAAAACAACAGCAUGGGGCAUGGGAAAUCCACCCAUCCGACGCAAAUAUACUGCUCCAAUUUACGGCAGACCAAGUAGCGACCUUUUCCUGGGCUAUUCUCGAGUCCGCUUGUACUCUACCCAUCUACCGAUCUCAACGCUCCCCUGACGAUGGCCCUGCGCCACUCAUCGCGGUGGAAACGCUGUUACCUUCUUACUAUCCGCAGACGCAACUUGUCACUACGUCCUCCGAGGAAUCAAAUAUGAGAGCGCUCGCCUUCCUGGUGCUUGAUAUGUCGGCCUUGCUUGACCAGCAAGAAGAAGGCACCAACCCAAAGGGCUCCAUAAGCGCCGUCGCCAUCCUGCCUCAAACGGCUACCCAUAUCAAACAGUCCGUGGGACUGCUUCCCGACGGUCGACUCGUAUUUCUUGACGAGAACCUCUGGGUAUGCACCACACAGCUACGCUCUGCAUCUGGGUCUCUAGGGGGCACAGACAACAACAACCUUAUGAGACAUUUCUUCGUGCCCCAUGACUGGCUCAACAGUGCCGGGAUGAUGCUGUGCAGAGUGCAGUCAGAUGGAACCUUUCUUUACCCUAGCAAAGGGGAGAUGGCCAUCAUAAAGAGUGACAUCGGGACAGCGUGGCGAAAAUAA